AUGGCUUCUACCUCCUACCCCUCAACCUGGCUCCAAUGCCCCCCACUCCACCCGCUAGGCCCAGUGCUCACGGCCGCGGGGCUCGGCUCCGGUAAAAACACCUCGAGAACACGUCCCACAUCCAAGACGUAUCAAGUCGCGACACCUUCAGCACACGGGAGCAGGUUGCGCGGCCACGGGCCGCGUUGCAGGGACCGGCGCGUUGCCCAGGCGAUACCCGUGUCGCCAGCAUUUCAACCUCCUGGCGCCCUACGCGUCACCCUCCACGUGCCUGUGGAUGCACCCACUUUGCUAGACAAUGGGACUUCGUCCCAGGCUCCCAUCGACGCCCUCAGUAUCCGUCCUCUAUCCGCCAUCGUUCCGUGCCCAGACCUCCGCGCCGCCAUGUCCACUCCCUGGUCCAGCCAGUUUACGAUGCGCACUUCAUUUGAGAGCACCGAUGUGUUCAUAAGCGAAACUCUCCGCCUUGGGCGCGAAGUCGACGCCGAAGAGUCCUACCGCCAAGUUUGGCUCUCGGUAGUCCGAUUCGACGUAACCAAAUACGUCUUUAUCGCGUACGAGAUGCACGAUGGCUCCAGAGUCGACCCGAUCGAUGUCGCGGUGGUGUUGGCAUUUCCCCACGACAAAAUCAAGAUCGUUGUCUCCGAGAUUUCCUCCAUCAAGAUGCUCGGCAUUGUCGCUGAAUAUUCCAGUGACGAUGAGGGCGGCAAGAUGACCAUGUUCGAGUCCGCGGGUGGAAACACCCGCCUCCUCGCUCACAUCGCAUUCUCCGUCACAGGCUCCCGGAGCUGCGGCAGCGCCAGGUCGUGUGCAAUUUCCACACAUGCCCACCAUUCGUCCUGCGGCAUCCCCUGGUAUUCCAUGCACCACGGAGUGUCCCGAAAGCGGGCGGAAACACAACUGGGUGGCACUCUCCCAAUCCCCCACCUUCCUGGACGCCUCCCAGAGGGCAUCAGCAUUCGCGCCUGCAGCUCGCGCAACGAGCUCCAGCACCACGGGCUUCAUGUCCACGAGAACAAGCGGCAGGGCGAGUCGCGCGUCGUUUCUGGCGCGGAGGCGGGCCGGGCGCGCAACGAGCGCAUCGUCGAGCAGUUCAAGGGCCUGCAGGGGAUCGACUCCGGCUUGGACGAGGCACGUGCGGCCGUCCGGGCGAUCUACAGCGAGAUCCUCGACCAUCCGUUCAAAGACGGAGAGAGCGAGCUCUGA